CAAAUAUAUCAUAUGUUUCAUGUUCUUCCUUCUAUUCUCCUACCACCUUAUUAUAAGCUAAAAUUCUCAAUUAUUAUUAAAAGUUUUCUUGCAGGUUUUUGGAUUAUUACAAGAAUUUUAGAAUGUGGAAGCUGAAGCUGUCAGAAGGAAAUGAGCCUUGGCUUACAACUACCAACAAUAAUAUUGGAAGACAAUUCUGGGAAUUUGAUCCUCAUUCUGCAACACCUGAAGAGCUAGCUCAAGUUGAAAACCUCAGGAAUCACUUCUCAAUCAACAGGUUUCAAGCUAAACAAAGUUCUGAUCUUCUAAUGAGGCUUCAGUUUGGAAAGGAGAAGAAUCCAUGUGAGAUGAAGGAAGAAAGGAAGAGAGUGAAAAGUGAAGAAGAGAUUACAGAGGAAAUGGUGAGUUCCACAUUGAGAAAGGCAGUAAGUUUCUACUCAAGUUUGCAAGCUGAAGAUGGCUUCUGGCCUUGUGAUUAUGGUGGCCCUUUGUUUCUUCUACCAGGUUUGGUGAUUAGCUUAUAUAUUACGGGCGCUUUGAAUGCCAUUUUGUCGGACGAGCAUCGUCGAGAAAUGCGCCGUUACCUCUAUAAUCACCAGAAUGAAGAUGGGGGGUGGGGAUUACAUAUAGAGGGGUGCAGCAUCAUGUUCUGCACUGCUCUAUCAUUUGUCACCCUCAGAUUGCUUGGGGAAGAUAUCAACGGUGGAAACGGUGUCCUAGAGAAAGCAAGAAAAUGGAUUCUUGAUCAUGGUGGGGUCACUUACAUUCCUUCAUGGGGGAAGAUGUGGCUUUCAGUACUCGGAGCGUAUGAAUGGAGAGGGAAUAAUCCAUUGCCCCCAGAGAUAUGGCUUCUUCCUUACGUUGUUCCCAUUCACCCAGGAAGAAUGUGGUGCCAUUGUCGUAUGGUAUAUCUGCCAAUGUCGUAUUUAUAUGGGAAGAGAUUUGUGGGUCCCAUCACAGCCCUGGUUUUAUCGCUAAGAAAAGAGCUCUAUACCCUUCCCUACCACCACAUCAAUUGGGACACUGCCAGGUCACUCUGCGCCAAGGAAGACUUGUAUUAUCCACAUGGAAAGAUACAAGACAUGGUAUGGGAAUUCCUUCAUAAGGGUGUGGAGCCCAUACUUAAAAGGUGGCCCUUCUCUAAGCUAAGGCCAUUGGCUCUCAAAACUGUGAUGAAACAUCUCAAUUAUGAGGAUCAAAAUACUAAUUAUAUCUGCAUUGGCCCUGUUAAUAAGGUAUUGAACAUGCUUUGCUGUUGGGUGGAGGAUCCAAAUUCAGAGGCAUUCAAGUUUCAUCUCCCAAGAAUAAAAGAUUACCUAUGGAUGGCUGAAGAUGGAAUGAAAAUGCAGGGUUAUAAUGGUUCUCAACUGUGGGAUGUUGUUUUUGCUGUUCAAGCAAUCCUUUCUACCAAACUUGGUGAAGAUUACUAUGGUUCAAUGCUGAACAAAGCACACAAUUUCAUAAAAAAUACACAAAUUAAGAGAAACAGCUCAGGGGAUUUGAAGCAAUGGUAUAGACAUAUUUCAAAGGGAGGAUGGCCUUUCUCUACUCCUGAUAAUGGUUGGCCAGUCUCUGAUUGUACAUCUGAAGCUCUCAAGACAGCAUUAUUAUUAGCUGAAAUGGCAGCAGAUGUUGUGGGAGAAGCAAUACAACCAACUAAAUUAUUUGAUGCUGUUAACGUUAUACUAUCACUACAGAACAACAGUGGAGGAUUUGCAUCAUAUGAGCUCACCAGAUCAUAUGUGUGGUUAGAGAUGCUUAAUCCUGCUGAAGUAUUUGGAGAUAUCAUGAUAGAUUAUCAGUAUGUGGAAUGCACAUCAGCAGCAAUUCAAGGACUAAAAUCAUUCACCAAAUUAUAUCCAAAGCACAGAAAAGAAGAAAUACAAUUAUGUAUUUCCAAGGCAGUUCAUUACAUUGAGUCUAUACAGCGCCCUGAUGGCUCAUGGUAUGGAUCAUGGGGUGUUUGCUUCACUUAUGGGACAUGGUUUGGAAUAAAAGGGGUAAUAGCAAGUGGAAAAAAUUAUUACAACAGCAAUUGCAUAAGGAAAGCUUGUGAAUUCUUGCUAUCCAAACAACUUCCCUCUGGUGGUUGGGGAGAGAGCUAUCUUUCCAGUCAAGAUAAGGUGUACACAAAUUUAAAAGACUGCAAAUCACAUACUGUGAACACUGCAUGGGCAAUGCUAGCUCUCAUUGAAGCUGGGCAGGCCCAAAGGGACCCAAAGCCUCUACAUCGAGCAGCGAAGGUGCUAAUCAAUUCAAUGAUGGACAAUGGUGAUUUUCCACAACAGGAAAUAAUGGGAGUUUUUAACAAGAAUUGUAUGAUAAGUUACUCCAAUUAUAGGAACAUCUUUCCAAUAUGGGCACUUGGAGAAUACCUUAACCGAGUCUUAUUGUCUUCUCAAACCCAUUAAAUUAAAAAUAAUGUGUAAAUGCAAAAUCAACAAUGCAUAAUUUAUUAA